AUGAAAAAAGAUGAGGUCAACAAUGAUAUUAAUAAAGGAUUUAAUUGUUGGGGUAAUGGCAAAAAAUACAAUAAUAACAGAGAGAGACCUCAGGGGAAAAAUGGGAAUUCAGUAAUGGAAACUUUUUUUCCUCAUACUCCUGCUGAUCGAUGUGCUUCAAGUUUGCCUGCUGCUUCACAGAUUCAUUCAUCUGUUGCCCCUGGACCUGCUGUCGACCCCCCAGCGACUGCACCAACUGUUCCGGCCUCUGAUGCUACUCUGAACGCUGCUACUAUAGAACCCGCUGCAGCUGAAGAACCUGCUGCAGUAACUGACUCGCAAGCAGCUUUUCCUGGGUCUCUUCAAAUUGAAAAAGAAAACUCAAACAAACAAGCUCAGGUUGGUUUCUCAAGUGGUUUUAUUCGCAUGUCGGGCAUCCCAUCUAUAGAUGAUUCUCUAUCUCAUCCACCUAGUUUUUCAAAUAUCAAUCAAGGAGAGAACGAUGUUUUCUCAGAGGGUUCUUUCAACACUGACUCAAUAGAGGUUGAAUCCCGAAAAACAAUUGUUGUGGGAGGGAGUAUCGGUUUAAAUUUGAAUUGUUGUUCUGAGCAUGUGAAAAAUUCUAUUCAAGAGGAGCGAUUUAAUAAAAUUUAG